AUGCCCGUCCGCAUCCCCACAGCCCGCACCUCCGAGGUCCUCUGCUUCGGUGCCGCCGGCGUCUCCGUUUUUGCCCCUCUCUACAUGGUCCUUCCAGGCGCCGAGGAGCGCCUGGCCUCACAGACAGUCCGCUGGGCACCACGCUGGGAGCGCAAUAUCGGUUUCUUCACCCCGGCCGCUGAACGGGGCAUGCAGCGUGUCAAGCCACCUGUCGAGCGUGCCGUCAGGCGCAUUGACAACCGCCUACCCCUCGAGAGGAUGGCCAAGAACCUCGGCGGCAGGAUCGAGAGGAGCUUCGUCAGGUUCACCCCGAAGCCGAAGGAGUAA